AUGUACCCCAGUACAAAGUUUCAAGAGAUUCCAAGAAUAUCACUGAUUUUGGCGGCCUGCGCUGUUUGCAUCGGAGGGGGAUUUCAGUAUGGAUAUAACAUGGGUAUUAUUAGUUCACCCGGCAAGUAUGUAAUGAAAUGUAUUAAUGAAACGUGGAUGGAGAGGUACAACACUGAGAUAUCAGAAGACAUGCCUUCCCUCUUCUGGACCAUCAUUGUGUCAAUCUACCCUAUUGGAGGACUAGUGGGCUCCUGGAUUGCUGGAGCACUUUCUGUUAAAUGUGGGAGAAAACAUGGACUGUUAAUCAACAAUAUCUUUGCUUUGCUUGGAGCUGGUUUUGUUGGAAUAAGUUAUUUCAGUUGCUGUUUUGAACUGCUCAUAGUUUACAGAUUUCUCCUCGGUGUAAAUGGAGGUGUGGCCUUGUGUGUCCAAAGCAUGUAUCUAAUUGAGAUUGCCCCCAGGGCAUUGCGUGGGACUUUGGGCAUGGGUACAUCCAUAUCCCUCUCACUGGGGAUUGUCAUCGGACAAGUAAUCGGACUGAAGGAAUUGCUGGGGAGAGAGGAGUUGUGGCCUGCCUUGCUAUCAACCCCCGCCGUCCUGUCAAUACUGCAGCUCAUCACCCUGCCCUGGUGCCCAGAGAGCCCACGCUACUUACUGAUCGACAAAGGCAACGAGACUGCAUGCGACGAGGCACUGAAGCAGCUUCAUGGCGAAGGUGGAUAUCUCAAAGAGAAGGCAGAGAUCGAAAGGGAGAGACGUGAUGAUGCUGGAGUGAAACCGAAGAAACCCUGGGAACUGUUUCGGGACCCGAGCAUUCGCUGGCAACUCGCCAGCACCAUGGUCAUUAACCUGUUUUAUCAGAUCAACGGCAUUGGUGCAAUGUAUUAUUACGCAACACCUGUGUUUGCUGAGGCAGGCAUUACAGAAGAUAAGAUACCAUAUGUGACAAUCGGCACAGGACUAAGUGAAUUCUUACCUACAAUCCUCUGUGGCAUCUUGAUUGAAUCACUUGGAAGGAAAGUCCUCAUCAUUGGGGGGUACUUUCUAAUGGCUCUCUGGUGUUUAGGGAUAACCCUGACCCUCACUUUCGCUGAGGCAAGUCCAUGGGUGCCAUAUCUCAGCAUCGCAUUCAUUUUUGCCUUCAUCAUCAGCUUUGGCAUGGGACCAGGUGGUGUUUCUCGUGCUCUAACCUCUGAGAUCUUCACCCAAGCUGUGCGACCAGCAGCAUGCAUUAUUGGGCUAACAGUCAACUGGAUUGGCUUCUUCAUCCUUUCCAUGGUCUUUCCAUAUAUAGUGGAAGGGCUUGGGCAGUACUGUUUUCUUGUGUUCUUAGUUAUCAACCUCAUGAUCGCCGUCUACACAUUGUUUUUGGUCCCAGAGACCAAGAACAAAACCUUUACGGAGAUCCAGGCAGCAUUCCAAAUCAAUAACAAAACCUUCCAGAAGAUCAAAGCAGUGUUCCAAACCAAGACGAAGAAACAGAAUCAGCAGCAGCAGAUGUCUGUCGCAGAGGAGGUUCUGGCAACAUACCUUUGA